UGGUAGAGAGAGAGAGAGAGAGAGAGAACUCAGACUCGGAGAAGAGCAGUUGAGCAUUUGAAAAUUGGCUCAUUAGUCUUCUCCGCAUAAACCCUAGAACGCCACUCUGCAUUUUCCUCCUCGAUCAAAUCUCCGAAGGUAUCGAGCAUUGAUCAAAUCGGCUAACUGAUUGUUGAAUUCGCGGAAUCGAUUGGAAAAUGGCGGUGAAGAAGAAGAUGAAGUGGCAGGACUAUUUCCCGAGCUGCUUCAAGCCGGAGAGCCCUCGGCGCCCCGACCGGAAGAAGCGGAUUAUGAAUCAGUCAUCAUUUCAGAGGAUUUCGUUGUCGGAUUUGAGCGGCUCGACGCUAUCGGAGGAUCUCUCCAUUUCGCUUGCAGGUUCGAAUCUGCACGUCUUCACUCUUCAGGAACUGAAGGUGAUUACGCAGAACUUCUCGUCCAGUAAUUUCCUCGGCGAGGGCGGGUUCGGGCCAGUGCACAAGGGCUUUAUCGACGAUAAGCUCAGGCCCGGUUUGAAGGCCCAGCCCGUGGCGGUGAAGCUCCUGGACUUGGACGGCACGCAGGGCCACAGAGAAUGGCUGACAGAAGUGAUUUUUCUUGGCCAAUUGAGACAUCCAAAUUUGGUGAAGCUGAUCGGCUACUGUCACGAGGAAGAACACAGGCUUCUGGUCUAUGAAUACAUGCCCAGAGGCAGCCUGGAAAAUCAACUCUUCAGAAGAUUCUCUGUUUCACUUCCAUGGUCGACAAGGAUGAAAAUUGCUCUUGGAGCUGCCAAAGGGCUAGCCUUUCUCCAUGGCGCCCAAAAGCCCGUCAUAUACCGUGAUUUCAAGGCAUCAAACAUAUUGCUCGACUCGGAUUUCACUGCCAAACUGUCUGACUUCGGACUCGCUAAAGACGGUCCAGAAGGCGACGAUACACACGUGUCGACACGUGUAAUGGGCACACAUGGAUAUGCUGCACCCGAAUACAUUAUGACAGGUCAUUUGACAGCCGCAAGUGACGUAUACGGGUUCGGAGUUCUCCUCCUGGAGCUUCUAACCGGGCGAAAAGCAGUGGACAAAACCCGCCCACACAGGGAACAAAACCUUGUGGAUUGGGCGAGGCCGAUGCUGAAGAAUCCACGCAAGCUGAGCCGGGUGAUGGAUCCGCGACUGGAGGGACAAUACUCGGAGAUAGGGGCUCAUAAGGCGGCUGAAUUGGCGUAUCAGUGCCUGAGCCACCGGCCUAAGCCGAGGCCGACAAUGAGUGAAGUGAUUAGUGUUUUGGGGCCAUUGAAAGAUCUUGAUGACAUUCAGACAGGCACAUUUGUGUUUGCAGUCUCGACAGACAGCGAUUCGAUGAGAGAUGUUUCGAGGGAGUCGGAUAGGCAGUCGAAGAAGGAGAAUAGUAAUAAUAGUGUGCAGUACCACCACCAUAGACACAAACUCCACGAAGGACACAAGCACAAGACGACGAUGACGACGACGACGGCAGCGAAGUCACCGAAAUCGCCCCUUGCUUUCACAGAAGCAGCUAUGGAGCAGAAAGGGUUGAGUUCUCCAGCCCACCAUGGAUUGAAGAGGGCCUGAGAAGAAGACCUCUGUCAAGUGUAAAUCCAGAUUGAUUGAUGAUGUAUAUAACAUAACUCAUCAACCAGAAAGAACUUUGUGGUUGGUUGCAUAGAGAAAGGUUGUAGAAUCCUUUGUGAUCGUCAUCCAUGCUUGAUAUUUUCUUUCUUUCUUUCUUUUGAUAAUUUUGAUGUGUGUAUUUUUCAUUUUUCAAUUUUCAACUGUAAUUGGAAGUUAUGGAGUCAAAUGAUUUUGAUUAUUCAAUUUGGGGGGGGACUUUGUGAUGAGAUGGAGCAACAACCUUGAAUGGGUGAACAAGAAACAUAUAUCGAUUUAAUUAAAUAAAGCAUCAAAUAAAUGGUGACGAAGUAGAUGGUAGUGAAGUAUUGGGUAUUGGGAAGCAUGUAUUGUAAUGUAAUGAAUCAU